GGUUCACACGAUUUUCACAAAGCGCAUCUAUAUUUUGAAAUAAAUAGAAAAAAAUAGUUCCAAAGAAGAAAAAGUUAAGAGUGAGCAAGGGAAUGUAUGAGCGUAUGUAGUAGUAACAAGAACGAGUAUAUGCUAAUUAAUAAACAAUUUUUUUGUUUGCUUUCGGUGUGCACUUUCUAUUCUACAAUAUGCAUGAGCGUGUGUGCAUGUGUAUUUUGCUCGCUUCCACACCUACUUCGUGUUUUAGAAGUAAUUAUUGCAGUGCAGAACAUACAAAUCAUGAACUCUGGAUAAUUUCAAAAUAUUUUUCUUCUUAGUAUCAAUUGAAAAAUAUUAUGUCCAAGUGAAAUAUAUUUUAUGAUUCAAGAAGUCUCAUUCCUACCAAACAAUCAUUACGAGGAACAUUUAAAAAAAAUCCCUUUUAUCCCAAGCAUCAUUCGUGUGAACCAAGCUUGCAUCAUAUGGGCUACGGAUAGUUUCAUUGUUUAUGCAAGACGUCAAAACACAGAAGAAACAUUCAAUUUGAAGCUCAACAGGAAUAAACAUGCACAUCACCAGCUGAUGCAUUUUUUGUGUACAACAACCAAAGAUUUCUGUUUUCAUCUAUUUAUCGUUCAUCCCAAACUAAGCAUCCAUGGCCUUGUAAUUGUUUUGAAAAUUAUUUAAAUAGUUAUUUAGUUUGUGUAAUAUUACAAAAAGUGUCGCAUGAUGUGGACGCCUCAGAAGAACAUCAACAAUAAAUAUGAUCGAAUUAUCGCCUUGAUUGAUAUGGACUGUUUUUAUUGUCAAGUAGAAGAGCGAUUGAAUCCGAGUUUAAAAGGCAAGCCAAUCAUAGUGCAACCUUUGCAGUACGAUGACUAUGGAGGCGGCGGAAUCAUUGCACUGAAUUACGUAGCCAAAGCACGAGGCGUUAAGCGUAGCAUGCGUGGUGAUGAAGCAAAGAAACAGUGUCCUGACCUUGAAUUGGUACGAGUGCCAGUCAUUCGUGGAAAAGCGGACUUGUCAAAGUAUCGAAAUGCUGGUAAACAAGUGGCAGCUGUUCUUCAGACGUUUACACCGUUGAUGACUCGAGCCAGUGUGGAUGAAGCAUACUUGGAUCUGACGGAACGUGUUCAAAAUCGACUGGCUGAUAUGAACAAGGGCACAUACUCAUUACACUCACGUGCUCUUGAAAGCACGUUUGCCGUAGGUUACGAAACCAUAGCUGAAUAUGUGCAAUAUGUUACCAAUAAAGUGACUCACGCCAACGAAGAUGCAGAAGACGAUUUGGAACAUCUGCCGGAAGAAGAUCAAGAGUCAUUCCAGAAAAGUGACAUAAAAUUGUUGAUUGCUUCAUCGAUUGUGAAUGAAAUACGAGCCGAAGUGUUGGAAAAAACUGGUUUUGAGUGUUCGGCUGGCAUUGCCCACAACAAAACACUCGCUAAACUAGUUUGUGGCUUGAAUAAACCAAACAAGCAGACAUUAUUGCCACUUAAGCGAGUUCAUCAAUUUUAUAGAACUCUACCCAUUAAAAAGGUUCAAGGAUUGGGUGGAAAAUUGGGCGAGAAGAUUUGUGAAGACUUGAACGUUCAGUUUAUGUCCGAAUUGCUGCAAUUUUCCAAAGAAGAUCUUCUGAAGCAGUGUGAUGAAAGAAAUAGCAAAUGGUUGUACAAUUUAGCUCGCGGUAUCGACUUGGAAGCGGUCACUCCACGUUUAGUACCAAAGAGCAUUAGCUGCAGUAAAAUGUUUCCACGACAAAAUGCCAUUGCUGACAUGUCAACGUUGAAUCACUGGCUGCAUGAGAUUGUUAAAGAUGUGGUUGAACGCGUUGAAGAGGAUGAAUUUGAAAAUAAUCGACGGCCAAAGCAAAUCGUGGUCAGUUUCAGUCAAAGUGUCAACAAUGCGGAUGUGUCCAGCUCUCGAUCGAUUAAUUUUACCAUAAAUGACGAAGAUAAAAUUGUGAACGAUGCAAUUGAAGUGAUUAGACGAAAUACGUCAAAGUUUUUGAAACCCGAUGACGAAAUGGCUUUGAAUAAUCCCAUCAAGUUUUUGGGUUUCAAUGUGUGCAAAUUUGAGAGUUUGGAUACAAAGCGAGGUAAAACCAUCGAAGACAUGUUUCGAAGGAGUUUCCAGAAGAAGGAAGAACAAAGUGUGGCCGAAACAAGCAAUGGUCCAGUAGAAGAUGAUUCCAUGGCAAUUGAAACAUCUAUAGCGCAUGAGAAUCAAAAUGAACAACCGCAAAGUAGUUCACUUUUCGAUAAGUAUCACAUAGAAUUUAACGUGGAUGAUGUUGACUCCUCAGAUGAUGAAGAAAGCGAAAGCGGCUCCCCGAUCGACGCUUUGACAAAAGCAGCUUAUCAAAUGAAUCAAAAUAUAAAAAAUCAUCUACUCGACUCACCGGGUCCAUCCACAUCAACAAGAACGAAUUACGAGCAAAAUUAUGCUGAAUUUUAUCGACCUACAGCGCAAGAGCAACCGAAGACUGAAUGUAGUCAAUGUGGCAAAAUGAUUUUAGUGUCCGAAAUGCAAGUACACACCGAUGCACAUUUGGCGUUUCAAUUGAACCAAGAACAACGUGCUGAAUUCCAGAACCAAUUGAAACGAACUAACCCAUCGAAUACUCCAGUCAAGAAGAAACAGAAGGUCGAGCUCACAAAGUCAUCAGAUAAAAAGGCUGAAACGACAUCGAUUCAAAAGUUUCUGGUCAAGAAGCGAGAAACCACACCAGAGCCAUCGACAAGCACAGCAGUUGAGGUUAAAAAGUGUACAGAGUGCGGCAAAGCGAUUCCAAUAAUUGAACUCUUUGAACACAUGGACUUUCAUGCAGCAAAAAGACUUCACGACGAAUUGAUGAAGAACGAAGCAAAGGCCAAUCGAUCGAAUAAUAACAGCGUACAGAAGUCAAUUAAUAACAUUUUGAGCGCGAGUAAAAGCAAGAAGGGAAACAAAAAAGGCCCAAACACAAAGAAUCCAGCGGUGAGGAAUAUCACGGCGUUUUUCCAAAGUAUUGAAUAGACGAUUGAUAGAAUUAAAUUGCAACUUUUUUAUCAGCUUGAAAUGGGAUACGAUUCGGCAUGCAAAUUUGCUAGUAAAUGAAUAAAAAGACUGAAGAAAUUAAAA